AUGUCCUCCCCCAUCCCGCUCUCGUCCUUAUCCCGAGCCUCCCAACCAUUACGCUCCCAUUCACACUCUCCAUCUGCGGCAGAGUCCAUUGAAGACAUCUUUCCCGAACAUGAACCCGACCGCGAGCGUGAUCAGUCACAGCCGCCGUCUCCGAGGACGGUGAUCUACCCUCCCUGGAAACGCGACCUGCUUGCUCUCCUCGAACGGCCUACAUCAUCUUCUGCGGCUUUUGUCGUCCAUUUUACAUCGACGAGUCUUAUUGUGAUAUCUGCUCUUGUGACCGUCCUUGAGACAGUCCCCUCAUUCCACUAUAUCUCGCCCGCCACCUGGUUUGGACUUGAGACGAGUCUUGUGGCACUGUUUACUAUUGAGUAUGUUGCUAGAUGUGUGGCAUGGAGUUAUUCAUGGUCGAGCUUGGCGAAAUGGGUUGGAUCGUUCUUCGGUAUCAUAGACCUGCUGGCCAUAGCCCCCUUUUACAUCGAAAUAGUGCUUCAGGAGGACACUUCUGUUCUAUUCAGGUUCUCCAUCCUCCGGACAUUCCGUCUCUUGCGUGUCUUCCGUCCGUUCCGCUACAAUAAUACCCUCCUUAUGACUAUCGAGGUCAUGUACCUCUCCUUCCAUCGCUCGCAACAUGCCCUGCUUGCGCUUGGCUUUUUCGUGGUUAUGGUCUUGGUUGUAUUCAGCACCCUAUUAUAUUUCAUAGAAAGAGGGACGUGGGACGAUACAUUAGAAAUAUUCAUCAAUUCGGAUGGAGAUCCUAGCCAAUUCGCCUCUAUUCCGGCAGCAGCCUGGUUUGUCAUCGUCACAAUCACAACUGUUGGUUAUGGUGAAAUCACGCCUCGAAGCUUUCUUGGCCGCCUCAUAACGAUCCCGCUCCUCGUGUUCGGCCUUCUUCUCAUCGCCUUGCCCAGUUUUGUACUGGGUAGAGAGUUCAGUUUAGUCUGGAAUGAAAUGACUAAUGGUGUCGGACAGCUCAACUCUGAAUCACCUCGUCUUUUCGCCCACCCGCCCUCGCCCCUUCUCACGCGACAGAACUCCCGCUCACAACCUGAACCCGGCGGACACGUCAUUGAUAUGGACCCCACCAAUAUCAACCGUCUACCUGCCAACCUUCCCGGUCUCCGAGACAGAAGCAACGGGCGAAGAGAGAAUGGGGUUGAGAAUGAGAUGACCGCAGAGAUUGCGGAGUUGAGGAAGGCGGUGGAGAUGCAAGGGGAGAUGUUGCGGAAGUUGUUAGAGAGAGGUGCCGUGUCGGGAGCGAGUGGGAAUGGGCAGACGUCGCGGUGAUGAUGAUAUAAUGAUAUGGUAGGUGUUGAGGUGUAUGUAUGUAUGGGCUCCCAUAGCUCCCGGGAGCGCAAACAUAUCAUAAUAAUUUG